AUGUCGGAAGCGAAUCCUGUCUCGCUGGCCCAGCGCAUUGUUCACACAGAUCCUUCGAAAUACGAAAGUCGCGCUGCGGCCCAUGAUGGUGCGGGGACGCUGAAUUACUUUGGGUUGCUGGGUGCGGACGCGUUGGACUCAAACCUGAUCUUUCUCCAUCGUGGGGUCAUCCAGCCCAAGAGCGGGAUUGGAGCUCACUUCCACAACCGUUGCGAAGAAAUGUUCGUCAUCCUGGAUGGCGAGGCGCAGUUCACCAUUGAUGGCAGGACGGCGCUUUUGAAAGGACCCGUUGGCGUACCCUGCCGGCUUGGACACUCGCACGGCAUCUUCAACGCCACGGAAAAGCCGGUCCAGUGGAUGAACAUUAACGUCGGUCUGACCAAGACCUACGACGCCUUUGAUCUCGGCGAUCCGCGGGUGGAUGUACCGCUCGAUCCCCGUCCGACUUUCAUGUCGAUGCAUCUGAAUCGGGCUUUACUGAAACCAGUGCAGAAUUCCAAUGGCGGAUCGGGGACAGCUCAGUACCGGCGCGUGCUCAAUCACAGCGUCUUCAACACAGCGUGGUCCUACAUCGAUCACCUGGUCUUGCCGCCGGGGACAGUGGUGGGCGCAAACCAGCAGCAGGUAGACAUGAGCGAGGUGUACUAUGUGCUGGCGGGUUCUGGGACGGUGGCGCCCAGAGGUGCAGAGGGAACGAUUCACGAUGCGACAGCGGCGGUGAUCGGUAUCGGGGGUGUCGUUCCUCUCCGGCUAGGCGAGAGUGCCUUGAUCAAGAACACUGGUGACGAAUUGCUGGAAUUCAUGAUCAUCGGGGUUGCUGGUAGUUUGGCCGCCAAAGAGGCCUAUAUUGCUAAGUUAGAAGCCUAA